AGACGUUCUUGUUCUGCCCUAAGCUGAGUUCCAUUGCCGCGGGAGGGAGAUUCGGUAUUCUGUCGGGGGAAAGGUUAUCGCCAAUGCGGUACAGGAGAGAGCGCUGAAAUCCGGGAGCAUCAUGGCCGCGUUACUCGGAGAUGAUGACUUUGAUCAGUUUGAUAAGCCUGGUGCAGAAAGAUUUCGGAGAAGAAGAACUGUCGAUGAUGAAUGGGACAGCGAACUGGAGGAUGAUCUGCUCGAGGAAGAUGCAUUGCCAGGGAAAAAGAGUUCACUAGAUCUGUCAGAUGAAGAGUUAAAUGAUGAUCUUUUACAAAGCGACGAAGAGGAACAGGAGCCAAAUUACAGUGGCCAAGGAGUUGCACUUAGUUUAAACGCUACUGCCGGGGGUUUUACAUCCUUCGAGUUGUCACAGAGCAUAAAUGAAGACCCUGAAGUUGACCAGACAGAAUUGGGAGAGGAUGAGGCUGUGUACGAGGAAGUUGAGGAGCCCGAAGCCUGUGCCGAGGAUUUUGCAGAUGCAUACGAAGAAGCUGAUGAGUUGCUAGAAGAGCCUACAGAAUAUAUGGAAGAAGAGACCACCGAUGAGGUGUUAGACCUUGAGAUCAAUGAACCUCUUGAUGAAUUUCAAGAGGAGGUUUACACUCAGUCAUACAGGAGGCAAAAAAUGAUGCGACAAGCAGAAUAUGCUGAGGAUAACAUUGAAGAACCAGAAGAGGAAGAAGCAGUCGAAGAAACAAUAGAAAGACAAGACCCAGCCAAUGACUCUGAGGAGAUCCCUUCUGAGUCUCAAGAAAUGGCCCCUGAAACAAAAGAAUAUUCUGAUGAAGAUGAUGAGGAAGAGGAGGAGGAAGGGGGUGGCCGAAUACGUUUUAAAAGUGAGCGUAAAGAAGGGACAAUUAUUCGACUGUCUGAGUCGGCUCGUGAAAGAAGAAACAUCCCUGAAACUUUAGAUCUCUCUGCUGAAGACAAAGCAUCUCUGCAGGAAUUUGAGGAGAUGCAGCGUCUACGCAAGGGACGAUACACGUGUAAACGAGGCAGGCGUGGAGGCAACAAUUCAAUGCCUCGUGGAAUGGGAGAGCAGAGGCACGACAGCAAUGACCGGCGAAUCCGGGAGCAAAGAUCAUCUCAUGGGCAACCCAUCCGUAGCCUGUUUCACCAAAACCAGAUUCAGCCUCUUCUUCCCAUGCCCCGUUCUCGGAAACCUUUGGACGCCAUGACCUCACCUCCCCUGCAAGAAAAACAACGAUCGGUCAGGAAAACUUUGUCAACACCGCAGCAAUCGAAAAAUAUACACAUAAAUCCUCAUUUUAAAGGCAAUGUUGUAACACCUGUUCAAGUGCCCCUCUUACCAGCCCCUAACCAGCCUCGACCUCCUCUCGGGCCACCAAGGUUUCCAGGAAUGCCAGAGUUCCCACCUGUUCCAGGCCCUGUACCCGGCAACUUCAACCCACCCCCCAGACUACAAGAGCCAUGGCGAAAUCCACCACCACAGCCAGAGAGAGAACCAUUCUUUCUAGGAGAACCAAGAUUUCCAAACCAACAUCUCUUUGACCAGCGAAACCCACCUCCAGGCCCCCCUCCUCCACUUCUGAAUAAUAACCACCCACCUCUAAACCAAGGACAGCUUCAGUUCAGUCAAUCUGGGCCGUCGUUUAAUCAACCCAGUCAACAACCAAGGUUUAAUCAACCCAGUCAACAACCAAGGUUUAAUCAACCAGGCCCACAUCCAAAUUUUAGCCAGCCUGGCCCUCAGCCUGGAUUUCCUCCGCCAGGACCUGGUCCACAGCAGAAUUUUAAUCAGUCUGGCCCACCGCCAGGCUUUAAUCAGUCUGGGUUUAGGCAGCCAGGCCCACAGCCUGGGUUUACCCCACCUGGUCCUCAGCCUGGAUUCAUCCCACCUGGACCGCAGCCUGUGUUUAACCAGCCUGGUUUUGGUCAACCUGGCCCCCAGCCUGGGUUUAACCGGGUUGGUCCUCAGCCUGGGUUUAACCAACAAGGACUGAACCAACCAGGAUUCAACCAGCCUUCAAAUGUGGGGCCUCAUCCCUCUUUCAAUCCGCCAACACCUGGUCCAGGUUUUAAUCAACAAGGCCCGUUAACACAACCAGCAUUCAACCAAUCAGGGUUUUCAAGAGAGCAUCCAGUUAGACUCAACACACCAUCUCCAGGUCCUAUGGGAAUUCCUCCAUUUAAUCAGAGCUCUCCAAACAGACAUUUUCCGCCUCCACGACCACAGUUUUCACCAGGUCCAGGCCAACCAUUUAUGCAUCAUGUCCAACCAAAUAUUCAGGGACCUGUGCCAGCUUCAAUGCCACCUCCACACCAGCCUCACCAUACACCAAGACCUUCAAAACCUCCCAUGCCCAUACCACAGCAGCCAUUCAGACCGCAUCAACACAGCCCACAUCAACAAAGCCCACAAAUGCUUUCAAACAACAGAUUACGUCCACCUAAACCGAGAAAGGGUGUUGCUUCUCAAAAUAUGACCAUGGGUGGUAAUCCGCAAAUGAUGCACACAAGGAACAGCAACUUGCGGGAGUUACCCAUUGCACCAGCUUCCUCUUUAGACAGGAAUAAGGUGAAACCAAACUCUGCUGCUCAGGUGAAGCCAGUGGGUACCACCGCACCCCAGACGAGAGCUGUUGGCAUCAGAAAUCCUCAUAUAAUGAAGCAAGCAAAUGCCGGCAGCCAGAUGCAGGAAGAAUUAAAAUCUGAACAGUUUCCUGAUGAAGAUGACGAGACCAGAAAUUAUCGUUUAAAGAUAGAAGAACAGAAGCGAUUAAGAGAAGCGAUUUUGAAACAGAAGGAGUUGCGGCGCCAACAGCAAGCAGGAGCUAGGAAAAAGGAAUUGCUGGAAAGACUCUCGCAGCAGCAGCAACAACAACAGCAGCAGCAGCAGCAGCAACAACAACAACAGCAGCAACAGCAGCAGCAACAACAGCAGCAACCACAACAAAAGCAGCAGCAACAAACUCUUCCAGGGCCGCAGCAAGGCCCAGCUGAGCAGGAAAUAAAAGCAAUCCCUGUUUUAAAUAACAUUAACCCAAUACUACCCCACACUGGCACACAAGUACGUCCAAAUGUGAAAAAUAGACUUCUCUCUCAGAAGCCAACAAAUGUUCCCCAGAAAAUCCCUCCAGUGCAACUGUCAACUGGAACCAAUACCCCUGUUCAGGGACAGCCAAAGAAUAUUGUAAAGAAGACUGUACAGCAAAGGGUAAUGACUAAUAAUCCAGGUCAGAAAGUACAUCAAGUUCGCCCUGCUAUUAACAACACACAGUUAGGGCCACAACAGAUCGCAAAAGUUACUUCUGUGCAGGGACAGUUGCAGGCGGCCAGACCAGCUGCCCCAAAGAGGACAGUUAUGCAGAGGUCAAACAGUGCAAGCGGGGAGACUACACCUACCCCCACCAAAGUGCGCGUCAUCAAAUUAUCUGCAGCGGGAGGAGACAACGCCAAUUUAUCGACAGAGGGAAAUUUGCCAGUACAAUGUCUUCAGCAGAAAACAGUCCCACAGCAGAGGCUUCCGGUUCAACAAAGACUGGAGCAACAAAGGCCCAUGCGAAAAGUGACAAUGGCAAAAGGAACUGUUCAGCAGCCACAGCAAAAUCAGUAUCACUGUCCGCCGCCGUUUCAGGGCCAUGCACCGCAGCUACGGUCUCGCCCAGCGUCUGCAGACUCUCGUCUGAAUAGUGUUCAGGGGCAUCACCAGCCCAAUAAGGUCAUUAUGCGUGGAAGGGGCAGAGCAGUCGGAGGACAGAUGGGCCGAGGACGCAUGAUGCCAAAUAAACAGAACCUGCGUGUAGUGGAGUGCAAGCCUCAGCCGUGCGCCGUGUCAGUUGAAGGGCUUUCUUCGUCAACUACUGAUAGCCAUCUGAGAAAUAUGCUGAUGUCAGUCGGACCCAUUCAGUUGGCAAAUAACGGGCUGGAUUGCGGUGCAGUAGAGAGACCUCCAAACAAUGAGUUUCGAAAUGCUUCCUUGUCAGCGAAAAGCCAUAGCCACCUUUAAAGAACCCAAACAUGCUGCGACUUUCCAGCAGAGGUUCCACAGGUAAAUGUUCUCUUAUAAACCCUUCCAGGCACAUGAUAGAUUUGUCUCACAUCAACGUCUCACUGGUUGCCGAUUGAAUGCCGUCAUUGCGCCCCAAUCUGUCACAGCAGCCCAGCGCCAGAAUCCAAGAUGGAUCCCGGAGACUUGCUCGAGAGAUGAAGUUCGACUUUUGGAUUGACACAACGAAGAACAGAAAGACAUGUGUCCUAAACAUCAUUUUUUGGUGGAUGGGGGAUUGCAUUUAGUGAACGAGGACAUACAGAGGAACACUUACAUACACCCUUCACUGCGAGAGCCUCAUCUACUUGGAUCUGGGCAAUUUUUCUACUUCUUUCUGUAUUUUUGUUCUUGAAUGUUUGCCAUGCAUGUCAGUGGGACUGAAGUUUCACACUUUGAGGCAGAGUUAAAGUUCCUCCGUAGUGAAGAAUAUGUGAUAAUGGUUUCUCUUAUCUUCUAAGUGGAAUAUGUUAAAGUCCACUGACUUCUGGGAGCUCUUUCUGCCAAAGUUGAUCCCCUUAGCAUUUGGUUGAAAAAAAGGCAAAGUACUUAUUUUUUUUAUGCGUGUU